GGGGGAGGGAGCGGUUGCAGGAAAGGUGGGGGGUGGGAACCUCACACCCUCACACCUAGUCCCCAGUGCCAGGGCCGGCCCCCCCCCCACCUCUCUCCGCUGCUCUCCCUUCCCCCUUCCUCCCCCUCCUUUCUCCCUCCCUCCUCCUCCCCUCCGGCCUAGGCCCGGGUACUUAAAGCAGCGCGGGCGGGCUAAGGCGGGCGGGCGGCCCAGUCCGGUGGCAGCAGAUGCGCCCAGCGGUGGCAGCCGCCGGCGGCGCGCAGGUGACCGGCCUGCAGCGCAGCCUGGUCAGGGAGUGCCCUGGGAGAGUUGGCAGGAGCUGGAGGCCGAUCCGCCCCCAGCGUGCGCGCGUCUCGGCGCCAGGAGCCGUCCCGGGGCGUGUUGGCGAGUGCUGAUAUAGAUAUAAGGACAUUUCUCUCCAUGGCGUCACGUGACAUAAUUACCACCAGAAUCAAUCAAGAUGAAUUGCACGUCAGCGCCCGGUGGGGAUUUUUGCUUAGUUGAUCCUGGCCCAAGCCUCUUGUGCAAUCGAUGGCUCAGGUUGGAGGCGCGGGGAGCGGCCCGAGGCUUGCCGGCGUGCACGCCGCGCAGCCAUGAACGACUUUGACGAGUGCGGCCCGAGCGCAGCCAGCAUGUACCUGCCGGGCUGCGCCUACUACGUGGCCCCGUCGGACUUCGCCAGCAAGCCGUCGUUCCUUUCGCAGCCGUCCUCCUGCCAGAUGACUUUCCCUUACUCGUCCAACCUGGCGCCGCACGUCCAGCCCGUGCGGGAGGUAGCCUUUCGCGACUACGGCCUGGAGCGCGCCAAGUGGCCAUACCGAGGCGGCGGCGGUGGCGGCGCGGGGGGCGGCGGCGGGGGCGGCCCCGGCGGGGGUGGCGGUGGCUCCGGGGGAUACGCUCCCUACUACGCCGCGGCGGCGGCGGCAGCGGCGGCGGCAGCAGCGGCCGAGGAAGCGGCCAUGCAGCGGGAUCUGCUCCCGCCAGGCGGCCGCCGGCCAGACGUGCUUUUCAAGGCUCCCGAGCCGGUGUGUGGCGCUCCCGGGCCGCCGCACGGUCCCGCGACAGCCGCCUCCAACUUCUACAGCGCCGUGGGUCGCAACGGCAUCCUGCCCCAGGGCUUUGAUCAGUUCUACGAGGCAGCGCCAGGUCCCCCCUUCGCCGGCCCGCAGCCCCAGCCUGCGCCCGCGCCGCCGCAGCCCGAGGGCGCUGCUGACAAGGGCGACCCCAAGGCCGGAGCUGGUGGUGAUGGGGGCAGUCCCUGCGCCAAGGCGACUCCCGGUCCGGAGCCUAAGGGGGCCGCUGAAGGCGGCGGUGGCGAAGUCGAGGGCCCCCCAGGGGAGGCGGGGGCCGAGAAGAGCGGCGGCACAGUGGCCCCCCAGAGGUCCCGGAAAAAGCGCUGUCCCUACACCAAGUACCAGAUUCGCGAACUGGAACGCGAGUUUUUCUUUAAUGUAUACAUAAACAAAGAGAAAAGACUUCAACUCUCUCGGAUGCUCAACCUCACUGACCGGCAAGUCAAAAUCUGGUUCCAGAAUCGCAGGAUGAAAGAAAAGAAACUGAACAGAGACCGUUUGCAGUAUUUCACUGGAAACCCCUUAUUUUGAGA